UUGAACACAACUCUGUGCUUACACUCAAUUACCACAUUUCCAACACACUACUAGCAAAAUUAUACACAUGUAUGGCUAUCAUUAACACUAUUUUGCCAACUGUCUGGCACACAUUCACAUGUGAAAACUGUUUUAGAUAAUUAGUUCACUUUGCAAUCAGCCUAAGCACUAUAAAUAAGCCACAGGUAAGCUGUCUGUGUGGAGUACAAUGGAAGGAGCAGUAAGAGUGAGAAGAGUGAGAAUCAGAGGAGGCCGAGGAAGAGGACGAGGACGUGGACGUGGAGUUGAAGAAGUUGGAGGGAGAGGACAUGGACUUGAAGAAGCGAGAGGGUUAGAGGAAGUUAGAGGAAGAGGACAAGGAGGAGCAAGAAGAGGACGAGGAGGGGAAAGAGGAAGGGUAAGAAGAGUAAGAAAUAGAAUAACUGAUGACAUCAGAGCUACAGUAGUGGACCAUGUCAUCAACCAUGGGAUGACCCUGAGGGAAGCUGGCCAACGCGUUCAGCCUAAUUUGAGCCGCUACACUGUGGCAAGCAUCAUUAGGACAUUUCGAAAUGAGAAUCGGUAAGUACUUUGUAGCACUGCCAUACUCUAAUGAGAAACACAACAGUACCAUACAUGCAAAAAUACUGAAAUUGUUACUUUACAGAAUUGCUAGACAUCCAGAUGUUGGGGGCAGAGGAAGAAUGUUCACUCCAGAGCAAGAGACCCAUAUAGUGAACAUGGUGAUUGCCAAUAAUGCAAUAAGACUGCGCGAAAUACAGCAGCGCAUAAUUGAUAAUGACACCAUCUUUCAAAAUAUACACAGUGUAAGCAUUUCUGCACUAAGUCGUGUACUUGCGCGCCACAGAAUAAGAAUGAAGCAAAUUUACAGAGUUCCUUUCGAGAGAAACACAGAACGUGUAAAGCAACUGCGAUAUGACUAUGUGCAGAGAGUGAUGGAACUAGAAGCAGAUGCCAUGGGACAUGAGCUACUUUUUGUAGAUGAGGCCGGUUUUAACCUCAGUAAAACCAGGAGACGUGGCAGGAACAUUAUUGGACACCGUGCCAUCAUCAAUGUCCCAGGACAACGUGGUGGUAACAUAACCAUGUGUGCAGCUAUAAGCCUAAAUGGUGUUGUUCACCAUCAUGCAACCAUAGGCCCAUACAACACUGCACAUAUUAUUGCAUUCCUGGACACCUUACAUGACAUGCUCACUGUUCAGAGACCAGAGCAUACCCGAUAUGUCAUCAUAUGGGACAAUGUAAGUUUCCAUAGGGCUGCUUUGGUCCGCAACUGGUUUACGGACCACCCAUUCUUCAUGGCACUCAACCUCCCUCCAUACUCUCCAUUCUUAAAUCCCAUCGAGGAGUUCUUCUCUGCCUGGCGUUGGAAAGUGUACGACCGUCAUCCUCAUCAACAGGUAGCCCUUUUACAGGCAAUGGAGGAGGCAUGUGGAGAUAUUGAUCAGGCAUCAUGUCAAGCCUGGAUACGGCAUUCAAGGAGAUAUUUUCCCCGGUGCCUUGGACUGGAGGAUAUCGCAUGCGAUGUGGAUGAAAUUUUGUGGCCGGACCCAGAAAGACGACAUGAUGUAGACUGA